UUUUCUUUUGCGAAUUACAUUCACCAAUUCUUCCAUAUUUCUUCUUUUUUCUUCUUCUUCAUAUUCCUAUUUUUGUCUCCCGACACAAUGAUCGAUCUGUUUCUAUCCCCCACAAAAUCUAUGUUCCAUAUAAUCAUCAUAUGGAUGCUCUUUGUGACACCUUCUUUUGUUUUCUCAGCUGAUGAUAAGCUUCACAGACUCUGCAGUCAACCGUUUCCCUGCGGCAAUCAAAACGGUCUACUGUAUCCUUUCUGGAUAGCUGGCAGAGAAGACUGUGGCCACCCUGAGUUCAAAGUCAACUGUAGUGGUGGAUUCGCAGAGCUAAGUAUCUCCUCCGUGAAGUUUAGAAUCUUAGAGGCGAACUAUGACUCUCGUAUCAUAAGACUGGCAAGAUCGGAUUAUAUUAUUGGCGAUCUUUGUCCCACAGAUACUUCAGAUAUGCCAUUCAACCAAAGCGUCCUUCCACUUGCUCCUAGCACCGAGUUGCUCACAAUUUAUUACCACUGCAGCCAAGACUUUUCACAGUAUGUUCCUACUUAUUUUGGAGCCUUUGCUUGUGGUGGUGGUGAUGAUGAUGACAAAAAAAAUUAUUACGUGACAAGAAACCUCUCGUCCCCUCAGCUUCAAGCGAUAAGUCCUGUUUUAACCAACCUCAGCGUAUUUUGCGAUAAAAACGUCAGUAUUCCUGCAUCUGGGCCCGCGCUGAACACGCAAGCGUUGAAUUCAAGUACAGAUAAUCUAAAGAAGGCUCUUGAAGAAGGUUUCGAGCUUGGACUUAACCAAGAUUGUUCGAUCUGCUUAACCUCUGGGGGUGCUUGUGGGUAUAAUCGGAGCUCAAGUGGAUUCAUCUGCUAUAAUAUAGAAAAGGCCAAUAACCGUAGUAGAAACAACGGUCUCUCCACUGGAGCUAUACUAGGAAUCGGGAUUGCUUCUGUAUUAGUGCUGUUAUUUCUGACAGCCGGAUGCGCGCUCUGGCUAAUCAGACGGCGGAAGAUACAAGCAGCUCAAUACACAAACAAAGACUUGCCAAUAACGUCUUAUUCAAGCAAAGAAGCCUCAAGCCAUCCAACUCCCAAAACAAUCUCAAGCCGUAGCAAUCACGCUCUUAUCCCUUCAAUCCCUAACAUCACAAACGCAAGCACCUACUUUGGAGUCCAAGUUUUCAGCUACGAAGAACUCGAGGAAGCCACUGAGAAUUUCUCUAGAGAGCUUGGAAACGGCGGCUUCGGUACAGUCUAUUACGGCGUGUUGAAAGAUGGACGAGCUGUAGCAGUGAAACGACUAUAUGAAAAAUCUCUUCAACGCGUUGAACAGUUCAAGAACGAGAUCGAUAUCUUGAAAUCCUUGAAACAUACAAACCUCGUUAUUCUCUACGGAUGCACAUCGAGACACAGCGCAGAGCUUUUGCUUGUCUACGAGUAUAUAUCAAAUGGAACUCUGGCCGACCAUCUUCACGGUGAUCGUGCUGAAGCCCGUCCUAUUUGUUGGCCAGUUCGUUUAAACAUAGCAAUCGAAACCGCAAGUGCUUUAUCCUUCCUCCAUAAAUCAGGGAUCAUACAUAGGGACGUGAAGACAACAAACAUUCUUCUAGAUGAGAACUCCACGGUGAAAGUAGCUGAUUUCGGACUCUCACGGUUGUUUUCAACAGACCAAACUCACGUCUCCACCAUGCCGCAAGGCACUCCAGGAUAUGUAGAUCCGGAGUAUUACCAGUGUUACCGUCUAAACGAGAAGAGUGACGUGUACAGCUUUGGAGUCGUACUCACCGAGCUCAUCUCUUCUAAAAAAGCCGUGGAUAUCACAAGACAACGUCACGAUAUCAACUUAGCGAACAUGGUCGUUUCCAAGAUCAAGAACAAUGCGGUGCAUGAACUUGUCGAUCCGAGUCUUGGAUUCGAGAAGGAUCCAGAAGUGCAGCGUAUGAUGAUUUCGGUGGCUGAGCUUGCGUUCCGAUGUUUGCAACAGGAGAGGGAAGGUAGGCCGUGGAUGGAUGAGAUUGUGGAGAUUUUGAAAGGGAUCAAGGGGGAGAAGGCCGGGAAGUUACCAGAUGUGGUGGAUAUUAAGGUAAGCAGAGGAGUUGACGCUGGAAUACUGAGUCAUAGUGAUCCUCCGCCGGUUUCGCCGGAUACUGAGAAGUGUACUAGCAGUUCGGAUACGGCUGCUUGUUCAUUUUGAGAGAUUGUAUAAUCAGGUCUCGUCGGUGGUGUGUAAUAAAUUCAUUCUGGUAAACUCUUUUUUAUCUUCUUUUGUAUUUUAUUUUUGGCUCAGCUAAGAUCUUUAUCGUUUGUGUGUAUAUGUGUGAUUGCGUUUUUGGCUACUUGUCAAAAUGACAAUUUGAGUA